GUGAAGUCUAUCCUAACAAUAACAAAACAAAAUAAUUCUUCCAAAAUUCCAUUCUCACCUCAAUUUUUCAGAUGGAUUGUCCCAACGUUCUCAUCACGGCUCCAUCAGUAGGUAGGAAGAAUGCAACCUUAAUCUGCGUCCCUGUAAUAGCGGAAUCAGUUGAAAAAAUGAAGAUCCAUAUGCACAAAGCCAAAGCUGAAGGUGCAGACCUCGUCGAACUUCGAUUGGACUCGUUGAACACCUUCGAUCCCUUUCAAGAUAUUAACACUCUCAUUCACCACCGUCCGUUGCCAUUGUUGUUCACAUACAGGCCCAAAUGGGAGGGUGGUAUGUAUGAUGGCGACGAAAACAAACGGUUGGAUGCACUAAGGGUAGCAAUGGAGUUGGGAGCUGAUUACAUCGACGUUGAACUUAAGGUGGCGCAUCAGUUCUAUGACUCUAUACGUGGGAAGACAUACAAUCAAACCAGGGUCGUUGUUUCAUCUCACAACUUUGAACUUACUCCUUCAACUGAGGAUCUAAGCAACCUUGUAGCAAGAAUACAAGCAACGGGAGCAGACAUUGUGAAAAUUGCAACAACUGCUGUGGACAUUGCCGAUGUGGCACGCAUGUUUCAAAUAAUGGUGCAUUCUCAAGUAAGGCAUGUUCCGUUGAUUGGAAUUGUUAUGGAUGAUAGGGGGUUGAUUUCUCGUGUACUUUGUGCGAAAUUUGGUGGAUAUCUGACUUUCGGCACCCUUGAGUCAGGAGUAGUUUCAGCUCCUGGUCAACCUUCACUUAAGGAUCUAUUGCAUCUAUACAAUUUCAGAGCACUGGCACCUGAUACAAAAGUAUAUGGGCUUAUUGGAAAGCCUGUCAGUCAUAGUAAAUCGCCCAUGUUACUGAAUGAAGCCUUCAAGUCAGUUGGUUUUAACGGUGUUUAUAUAAUUCUAUUGGUGGAUAACAUUGCCAAUUUUCUCAGAACUUACUCUUCUACAGAUUUUAUGGGAUUCAGUGUUACCAUUCCUCACAAGGAGACGGCAGUUAAGUUAUGUGAUGAAGUUGAUCCAGUGGCUAAGUCUAUAGGGGCUGUGAAUUGCAUUAUCAGAAGACCAACUGAUGGGAAAUUAAUUGGGUAUAACACAGACUACAUUGGUGCUAUUUCUGCAAUUGAGGAUGGGUUACGAGGUAAACAUAAUGGUAGUAGCACAGUUGUUUCUCCAUUAGCCGGUAAGUUGUUUGUUGUAAUUGGGGCUGGUGGUGCUGGGAAAGCAGUUGCUUAUGGUGCGAAAGAGAAAGGAGCAAGGGUUGUGAUCGCGAAUCGUACCUACGAUCGGGCCAGAGAACUUGCUGAUGCAAUUGGAGGAGAAGCUUUGCCCCUUGCUGAUUUGGAUAAUUUCCAUUUGGAGGAUGAUAUGAUUCUUGCAAACACAACAUCAAUUGGAAUGAUACCAAAAGUUGACGAGACGCCUAUUUCUAAGCAUGCUUUGAAACAUUACUCCCUAGUUUUUGAUGUUGUGUAUACACCCAAGAUGACUAGACUGUUGAAAGAAGCAGAAGAAGCAGGAGUCACCAUUGUGACAGGAUUUGAGAUGUUUAUAGGGCAAGCAUAUGGGCAGUUUGAGAAUUUCACUGGAUUGCCUGCACCAAAGAAGCUCUUCAGACAAAUUAUGAAAGACUAUUAAUGAGUGGCUUUUUCAACUCCACAUGCUUACCUAAUGCGGUAUCAAGCUUCCUCUACAUUACUCUCCGCAUACAUUCCCAAGUGAAAAUGAGGGGAAGGACAACAUGCAACACCAUCUACUGAAUGCAGAAGAACAAUGUGUACCAUAGUUGAAGCCAGAAAACAGAAUGCUCACAAGGAAGAACCACCACAUUUGCAGAGUGAAAAAGGAAGGUAUGUAAAAACAAAAGGGUUAAAGUAAAUAACCCAAAAAAUUACUUUUGAAACUUCACAUCAAUAAUGGGCUACAUGAAGCAAUUGCCAUGAGAUUAAGAUGUCCUAAAUACUCCUAGAUUAGGUUUAGCCUACUUGGCUUAAAACUCAGAUAACCCACAAAAUAAGUAUAAAUGAAGGCACUGUUUAGGAGUUAAAAAUGUUCAUUAUUGCAUUUAAUAUAUACGAUGUAUUAUUUACUUAACGUCAAAACAUCCAUCUCA